AUGGCGAAUUUUUUUUAUGACAUUGUAGCUAUUGGUCUUGACCUCCUCAUGCCAAUUAAAUGGAUUAAGAAAAUCUCUGCAGAUGUUCCUUGGAUGACCGAUAAAUUGAAAACAUUUAUAAAAAAAAGACAAGAAGCCUUUUUCAGUCACGGUCCAAAAUCCAACUGCUUUAAAUAUUACCGAAAUAUUGUCAAUCGCGAGAGAAAAGCGUGUAAAUCAAAAUACUAUACGACCCAGGUACACAGUAAAGAAAAAGAUAACCCUAAAACUUGGUGGAGUGAAAUCAAACGCCUAGGAGGAAUGAAAUCAAUGAACAGCUCCCUAAUAAAUUUCAUAAAUAUCGCUGGUUUUGAAGAUAUAUCGGAACAAGAACUAGCAAACAGAAUAAAUACAGCUUUUCUUGAGCCCUUAUCAGAAUAUAAACUAUCUUCACCGUUAGAGCGACUUAACUUAGAGGAAAACCCAGAUUUCUUAGAAGUUUCUGAAGAAAGGGUUUUAUCACAGCUAAAAAAACUCAACCCCAGUAAAAGUGGUGGCCCCGACGAAGUGCCCAAUUGGCUCUUGCGAGAGUAUGCUGUAAUCCUUGCCCUCCCAAUUAGUCUACUCCUAAAUGCAUCCUACAAACAACAACGCCUACCUGCAAUAUGGAAACUUGCGAAUGUUUCACCGCUGCCAAAAGUAAAAAUAGUACAGGACCUGAAAAAAGAACUUAGGCCCAUUUCUUUAACACCUAAUAUUUCGAAGGUUGCAGAGCAUUUCGUUGUUAAUGAUUAUGUGAAACCAGCUCUUUUGAAGAAAAUUGACCCCAAUCAGUAUGGAGCAAUCCCUAAAUCAUCGACGAUUUUUGCUCUUCUUAGUAUGGUGCAUAACUGGACCUCCGGGCUUGACGGUACCGGUUCUACAAUUAGAAUCAUUCUACUCGAUUACCAAAAAGCUUUUGAUCUAAUUGAUCACAUAAUUUUGUUCAAAAACUACUUCAGUUAGAUCUACCACGAAGUGUUAUAAAUUGGAUUAUUGAUUUCUUAAGUAACAGAUUCCAAAGAGUCAAACUUUCACAAGGAUGUUUUUCAGAUUGGGGUGCAGUACCUUCGGGCGUCCCUCAAGGCACCAUUUUAGGUCCAUGGCUCUUUUUAAUCCUGAUAAAUGAUUUAUCUAUCACAGAUACUGACUUAUGGAAAUACGUGGACGAUACAACAGUAUCGGAAACAGUUGACAAAAACCAACAGAGUAGAGCACAGACAAUUGCUAAUGAGAUGUCACAAUGGUCCCAAAACAAUAAAAUGAAGCUGAAUGAAGAGAAAUGUAAGGAGCUCCGUAUUUCCUUCUCAAAAGUCCCUCGUGAUUUUAACCCGAUACUUAUUAACAAUAAAAGUAUUAGAGUCGUAAAAUCCGUUAAACUUCUGGGCUUGUCAUUCGAUAAUAACCUGACGUGGAAUCUACAUAUCGAAGAGGUAGUUAAAAAAAUAUCCAAACGAAUCUAUUACCUGAUCCAACUCAAACGGGCCGGUAUUCCUCGGAAUGAUCUGGUUCUAUUUUAUGUUACAUGUAUUCGAUCUGUUAUCGACUAUGGUAUCCCUGUCAUUUACUAUUCGUUGCCAAAAUACUUGCGUUCCGAAUUGGAAAGAUUACAAAAAAGAGCUAUUAGAAUUAUCUGUCCAAACACUAAUUACGAAGACGCUUUAAUUAGUUGUGGAUUGGAGUCACUGUCUGUUCAUCAUGAAAAUAUUUGUACUAGUUUAUUUCAAACA